ACCUACUCUGUUGGGUCCCUUAGAAAGAGCUAGUCUCUGUCACUGGACAAUAUAAUUCGUGCAGUUAUUUCAACUUAUCCACCCAAGUAUGGGUUCUGUCAUUGGAUUAUAAUACUUAUAUGAUAAAAUAAAAAUUAUAAGAGCGCAGUGAUUUUUAAAAACAGAUGAUGGAAAAAGUCCUGACAACAAAUAAUUUUAACUUCAAACUCAUUGUUCUUUUUCCUAUUUGUCUUAUCCUAAUACUUUUGUCUCUACAGAUUCCUCUGAGUGACCACCAACUUUCACAUGGUGAGGGGCAUCCAUAUUACUGUGAUAUGUGCAAUAAAUCAUUCAAUCGAAGAUGCCAGCUGAAGAUUCACCAAUGCAUACACAGUGGGGAGCGUCCAUAUGUUUGUGAUGUGUGCAAUAAAUCAUUCAAUCAAAGAAGUGACCUGAAGAAACAUCAACACAUACACAGUGGGGAGCAUCCAUAUGCAUGUGAUGUAUGCAAUAAAUCAUUCAAUCAAAGCAGCACCCUGAAGAUUCAUCAGCGCAUACACAGUGAGGAGCGUCCAUAUGCUUGUGAUGUGUGCAAUAAGUUAUUCAAUCAAAGAAGGGACCUGAAGAUUCAUAAAUGCAUACACAGUGAGGAGCGUCCAUAUGCUUGUGAUGUGUGCAAUAAAUCAUUCAAUCAAAGAAGUGACCUGAAGAAACAUCAACACAUACACAGUGGGGAGCGUCCAUAUGGCUGUAAUGUGUGCAAUAAGUCAUUCACUCAAAGAAGCCACCUGCAUAUUCAUCAACGCGUACACAGUGGGGAGUGUCCAUAUGGCUGUAAUGUGUGCAAUAAAUCAUUCAGUCAAAGAAAUGACCUGAAGAGACAUAAGCUCAUACACACUGGGGAGCGUCCAUAUGGCUGUAAUGUGUGCAAUAAGUCAUUCACUCAAAGAAGCCACCUGCAUAUUCAUCAACGCGUACACAGUGGGGAGUGUCCAUAUGGCUGUGAUGUGUGCAAUAAAUCAUUCAGUCAAAGAAAUGACCUGAAGAGACAUAAGCUCAUACACACUGGGGAGCGUCCAUAUGGCUGUAAUGUGUGCAAUAAGUCAUUCACUCAAAGAAGCCACCUGCAUAUUCAUCAACGCGUACACAGUGGGGAGUGUCCAUAUGGCUGUGAUGUGUGCAAUAAAUCAUUCAGUCAA